GUAAAAAUACUACAACACAUUCCACAGCAUAAGCUUGCUAGCUGCAGGACCGAACGAGAACAAAUAAUACCACCUCGAAAAUGUCAAACUAGAAGAAAAAUCCGGGCACCACCACUUGAUUUCUUGUCGACCAAAUAUAUCUUCCCCCGUCAAGAAGACACGCUGGCACGAGGGCGCCGGACGACGACGACUCCCACUCGUCUUCACAUCCUCUCUCUCUCUCUCUCUCUCGCCACCGUACGUGGGUGACGCCGCGGCGCGCGUACGCGAUGGCUGACGCCGAGGCGGCUGCCAUCCACCAUCAUGGCGAUCGCUGUCCCGGCGGCGACAACGUCGAGGCCGCCGCCGCGGGGCAGCCGAGCAACAGCAACGGCGGCGGCGCCGCCGGCACGUGGGAGAUAGAGGAGAUGGAGCCGGAGGAGGCGCGGCAGGCGGGCGGCGGCGUCUCCACAGCGGUCGGCGAGGCCUCCUCCGGCGGUGGCGGCGACGACGUGUACGUGGCGGUCGGCAAGGGCGGGUCCAGCAUGGCGGCGCUGUCGUGGGCGCUGGGCCGGCUCACCAGGCCCCGGAGCUUCGUCUACCUCGUGCACGUCUUCCCCGUCGUCACCAGCAUCCCCACCCCAUUAGGAAUGAUGCCUAAGAGCCGAGCAAGCCCAGAGCAGAUCGAAACCUACUUGAACCAAGAGAGAUCGAAGAGGCGAGAGAUGCUGCAGAAAUUCCUGGAUCAGUGCCGCAAAUUUCAGGUUACCGUCGAUGUAUACCUCAUCGAGAGCGAUCAAAUCGCUAACGCAAUCAUUGAACUUGUUCCUGUCCUGCACAUAAAACAGUUAGUGCUGGGAAUUUCGAAGUCCAAUGUGCGGAAGCUGAAGAGAGGAAAUACAAUAGCAGGACAAGUACAAAAGAGCGCACCUCUCUACUGUGAAGUCAAGAUCAUCUGCGAUGGCAAAGAGGUGACGACAGAGACGACUACUGAUCCAACACCACCAUUGUCACCUGCUCCUAUAGAUAACAACAGCAGAUCUAACAACACGACGCCACUGUCGUCUACACCUAAUCAUGAUAAACCAGAUGCAAAUGGUGAAGAAAAAGAUGGUGAAUGCAGAGAACGAAAGAAAAUCACAAAGUUUUUAAGAUGUUUCUCGUUUUGAUUCUCAUCUUAUUCCUGUUUCAGUCACUUUUAACAUCUAGCACAUUGUAAUUGCGUCACGAUUGGACAGCAUAUAUAUGUUUGGGAUUAAAGUUUUGCCAAUGUUUUUGUUUUUAGAA